UCUACCGUUCUCGGCGGAACGUUUAUUACGACGUUUUAAAACAACGAUUAACUGAACUUAAGAUAAUUACUAUGUUAGCCACAAAGCGUAAACUCGUUAACGUUAAUGUUCACGUAUAAUUUGAAGACAAAAAGUUGCAACAUGUGAUCAUCGGUGAUUGUGUUUUUAUAAAAUCAAUAUGGUUGUGAAAGUAUUGACAUUACUAGUCAUAGUGGUACAUGUUUACGCUGAUGACACUCUACCUGUUAUCGGUGGUUUAUUUUACAAUUACGAGGAAGAUUUCAAAACUGCAUUCGUUAAAAGUGCAGAUCAUUAUAAUUUCACGGCUUCCAUCAAAGAGAUAUCCAGGACGGGAGGAAUACUUGACAUCACCAAAAAUGUGUGUGAACUCGCAGAGGAAGGAGUUCUUGGUAUUAUCGAUGCUAUAGGUGGUCGUGCCAGUGAAAAUAUUCAGACGUUAUGUGACGUAUUGGAAUUGCCUCAUGUCGUUGUUCAGCACAAUGACUGGUAUUCUGAAAACUGGUCUGUCUUAAACAUGUAUCCAAGCCCAGAAGCGUACAAUUCGGUAUUACAAGAGUUAAUUCAGGAGAAGAAUUGGGACAACUUCACUUUAUUGUAUGUAAAAGGUCAUAGUUUAAUGCGUAUGAACAGUUUGAUAAUGAUGGGAAAUAUCACAAAUCGAUACACGGUUAGUGUAAGGGAACUAAGUGGAGAUGACUACAGGGACGUCCUAAUUAAUGCCAAAAAAAAUGGCUACAAAAACUUCGUAGUAGAUUGCCCAUUGCAGUAUUUGGAACAACUGCUUCAACACGCGCAGCAGGUGGGCCUGAUGGCUGACGAACAUUCCUACAUCAUCUUAUCUCCAGACUUAUUUACUCUGGACCUCAGUAGGUACAGACACGGAGGAGUCAAUAUGACUGGUUUCAGGUUAGUUGAUUUACAAAACAAUGAACGACUAUGGCAAUUAACAGAUAUGAUCAAUACCGGUAUUGAUAGGGCCCUUGAGUCAGAAGAAAUGAAAACCAAAAGCAUAUUGAUUCAUGAUGCAGUUCAAGUAUUCCAUGCGGCCAUGAAACAAGUAAGAGUAAGAACGGAAUCGCUUAGUUGUGAUAAUGCUGUUUCUUGGAAAUAUGGCUCCACAUUGCUUAGUUUUAUGAGAACUAACAAAAUAGAAGGUAUCACUAGAACGUUACUAUUUGAUGGUUUUGGACAAAGAAAUAAUGUAACGUUUGAUAUAUUAGAACUUACUCCAGCUGGUAACCAAACGGUCGGAAAAUGGAAUUCCAACGGAAUUGUUAUAGAGAGACCGUUUGUACCUAAUGCUGAAAUAGGUAUAGAAUCGGCAAUGAGAAACAAAUCAAUAAAGGUUUUAAUUUCAAAGACGCAACCGUAUACAUAUAUUAAGCAUACAACAGAGACAUUAGAAGGAAAUGACCGAUAUGAGGGUUUUGCGGUGGACCUAAUUGAAUACUUGUCAAGAAUAUUGGGUUUCAACUACGAAUUUGAAUUAGAAACUGAUUAUGGGAGUCUGAGUAAAGAAACAGGACAAUGGAGUGGAAUGGUACUGAAACUUAGAGACGAGAGGGCCGAUUUAGCAAUAUGUGACUUAACUAUAACAACCCAGCGAUUGAGUGGCAUAGAUUUUUCUACACCCUUCAUGACGUUGGGUAUUAGUAUAAUAUUUAAGGAACCACGUAAACAACCGCCGGAAAUGUUUUCAUUUAUGGCUGUAUUUUCUAAAGAGGUGUGGUAUUAUAUGACAUUGAUACAGCUAUUACUAGGUGUGCUUAUGAUCUUCGUAGGUCGCAUUUCACAUAAGGAAUGGCAAAAUCCUGUACCCUGUAUAGAACAACCCGAAGAGUUGACCAACCAGUUCAGUUUUGCCAAUUCUGUCUGGUUAAUUAUCGGCUCUGUAAUGCAACAGGGCUCAGAAAUUGCACCUAUAGCAUUAGCACCUAGAAUGAUUACUAGCGUGUGGUGGUUUUUUACAAUGAUCAUGGUGGCAUCUUAUGUUGGAACAUUGGUAGCCUUUCUAACUGUAGAAAAAGACGUUAUGCCUUUUGAGAACGUGGAACAAUUAGCAGAUCACAAAACCUUUUCAUAUGGUGCUAAGAGCAAAGGAACAACUUUACAAUUCUUUGAGAAAUCAUCGAAUAAAAUAUUCCGAAAAAUGUUUAAUAAAAUGAGUUCAAAAGGAUGGUUAGUGGAUGAUAAUGAUAUAGGCAUCGAAAAAUUACUUAAAUAAAUUAUAUAUAUUUUUAGUGCAGAAAAAUCAUCAUAUGCUUUCUUUAUGGAGUCUACGUCUAUCGAAUAUUAUAAAGAACGUCAUUGUGAUUUAGUACAAUUUGGUGAAUUGUUAGACUCUAAAAGUUAUGGCAUUGGAAUGAAAAAGGGGUCGCCGUAUAAGAAGUACAUAGAUGAUGCAUUACUGCAACUUAAAGAAAAGGGCGAGAUACAAAGAUUAAAGGACAUUUGGUGGAAAGAAAAAAGAGGUGGAGGAAAAUGUGGUGAAAAAGUGAGUGUAGAACAAAAACAGCUUACUAUGACAAACAUGUUGGGUGCAUUUGUAGUAUUGGGCGUUGGUUGUUGUAUAGGUCUACUUAUAUCGACGCUCGACAUGCUCUGGGCAGUUUUCAAACGUUCUGUCAAAUAUAAUACCACUUAUAAAUACGAGCUUAUAGAAGAAUUGAAGUUCGCUCUUAAAUUCAGCGGUGACGUAAAGCCAGUCAAGAGGCCACCAAAGACUGACGAGGGCAGCGCCGAGGCAUUAGCAGAAGUCGAAGGAAAAGAUGAAGUUAGAUCAUUGAGAUCGAUAAGGUCAGGUCGAUCUACCUCAUCUAGGAGGACCUGUCAUUCCCAUAGUUCUAGACAUUCUUCGGCAGGACUUAGUAUUGCUUUUGCGAAAAGACGAGAUUAUUCCUAAAUAAAUUGGAUAAACAUAUUACAUCUUCGCUCAAUUGGAAGUGAACUCAAAAGAUUUUAAUACAUGUUUGUUUUACUUCACGAUUGUCAGAUGAUCACGUGAUUUCCAUCGUAUUGUUCUUGUAUAUACGAUCACCACUUAUUACACUAAGGUAAACUAAGUUUGUUUAUUAUUCCUAUUAGAUAAAAAAACAAUAAACUUGAAACCACGUAACGAGCAAAUGUUAUUAUUUGAUAAGUGCCUAUUUUUUAUAUAACAGAAUGUACAUUAAAUAUAGUAAUGACUCCAUACUAUCCAAGGAUCAUUUUGUUGCCCAUCACAACUGAAAUUACAUUACUGUUACAAAUAAAGGCUACUAUUACAAUUUUUUUCUGAACUAAUGGCUAGUUUUUCCCCUUCGUGUCAUUGCCUCAAGGGAUUAUUUAUGAUUAUUGUCAAGUAAGACGGCGAGAUGAAAUUAGGUCUCACAUAGUGUCCAUUAUUCAGAAAUCAACUUAUUCACUGACCUCUGCACUAAUGUGGGCUUCUGCAAUAUAUGUUUUGAUUUCCAUUUCUCUCUUUACCAACAGAGAGAUCUCAAUAAUGCAAAUAGAAAAGAGGCGUCUAAUCAUAUAGCUAUUCCUGUACGUCUUAUUUAUAUUAUAUAAUCGUCUUAUUUCAUAUUAUAUAAUCACUGUGAAUCUUAAGAUAAUAUUUUUUUAUUAAUGUUUAUUUUAUUACCUUUAGUACUUUGUAAGAUUUUCUUAUCCAUUAUAAAUACCACUUUUUUAUCUAAUUGGAAUAAUAAUCAUAAGGUAGUCCAUUUAAUGGUAGAUACAUGUUAACUAUCAGGUGAUAGUUAACAUAUACCAUUAAACGGGCACAUACAAGGGGUACAUUCAAGAAAAACACCAAGUAGGUAUAUCACGUCAUCAUCUGAUGCCCGUGAUACUUCUGCAAUGCCAUUCUGGGGGAGUAAGAUAUCAUGCCUAAAUAUCGUGUCAUUGUAAAAAUGAAAAUUGUAUAAAACAAUUAUGUUACACGAUAAGAAAUCGUGUCAUUUCAUUUAAUUACUUCAUUUUACUUUCCAACCGAUACAUAUCUUACAAAGUAAGCUUCUUAGCGGAUGAAAGAGGCGACACAGAGGUACCCACAUAGACGAUAUCGUAAGAAGUCUUCUUCUUACUUCGAUACUUUUUUCACAUAACGAUAGUCAUUAUGUAGUGAAGUUAGUGGCAGAUAGCAUCCGCCUUACGACAGCUCCUCAUUUUUCCCUGCUGGCUGCUAUUUUGGUACACCGCCUUCCACUACCUUUUGAAUUAGUCUGUCCAUCGCAUGGGUGAUCGUCCACUUGGUCUAGUGUCGUCUAUCUACCCUACCCUGUAUAACAAGCCGCUCUCUGAAUGCGUCGUUUCUUCGUGAAACGUGACCAAAGUAGGUAAGGAUACGCGAUUGUGUUAAUAUAGAUAGAUGCCGAGUUCUCCGAGAAUGAAAACAUUUAUCCUGAAUUCAGUUCAUGAAAUCCAAAGCAUUAUUAAAGCGUGUAUCUUUUUCAAAUCAAUAUUAUCUUCAAAUUUACGCAGGAAUUCUAUUUCGGUAUAAAACUUACGAAAGUUAUACCCGCAGUUUGGUACAGAUAUUUGAGUAAUAUUACGAACAAAACAAUGUAUAAUCUAUGUCAUGUAACUUAGGAAUAUGGCACUACUAAUAAAUAUUUAAUGCUACUAACUUUAUAGGUAUAUAAAAUUUCUUAAAAAUUUUGGAUAUUUGUAACUCAAAUACACGUGAACUUCUGCGUCCAUUUGAAUGUAAUUUGGAAGACCAAAGAGCAUGUUGUAUACGCAGAUUAAAGCGCGGGUUUAUAUACAGUAUAAUAUAAUUUAUAUAAUCUAGUUUCUAAUUGUAUUAGACAUAUUAUAACAAUAUAAAUUAUUAUUAAUAUUUUUACUAACAUAAUAAAU